GUAAAUCCAGUUUUGUUUUGUGUGUGCGUCUUUUUGUCAGUGUUUUAUUUAUAUAAACAAAAAAAAACCUAGUAAUAAUAUAAACAUAAACUUAUAAAUUCAUCUUAUUUAGAAAUUUAAAAAUUCGUGUAUAAAUAUUUAUUGUUGUUUAUAAGAAGUUAGUGUUUCACGUUCGUAAAAAUGUUAAAAAUAAUUCAAGUUUAUAAUUAAUUGAAAUUAAUAGUGACAAUUUUUAUUUUCCCCGACGUAAAUAAAUAUAUGGUUUUGUCUUUUUUUUUUUUUUUUUAAUGGAAAAGCAAAAAUGUCCAAAAAAGUUCCAGCUAGUCAACAAAUUCAAAAACCAGGAUUAAGAGAUCUUUUAAAUAAAUUCAAUAAUGCAGAAACUAUUUCUUCCAGUACUCCGAACUCAAAAAAUAAUUUUGAAGAUUUUAUAACCGAUGAUGAAGAUGACGAUUUUGAGAAGCCCUUAAAACCUGCUUUAUUAAAAAAUAAUGGAUUGGAAAAGAAUAAUUCAAUUAUAUCGAUUCCAAGUUCGGAGGAAAAUUCAUUUUUUACCGAUGCAGAAACAAAUUUAGCAUACUAUGUUGAGGAUUCAUUAGAGGAAAAUGCUCGUACAAAUUCACAAAAAGAAAAUUGUAAAUUGCCAACACAAAAAUUUCAAGAUAUUGUUAAAAAUUCACCACAAUUAACUGAUGACGAUAAAUCAAAAAUAAUAGCAUCAAAUACAAAUGUUAAAAAAGUAUUAAUGAAAAGUCCAAUAAAAAAUACUAAUAAUAAUAAUAAUUUAAAAAAUUCUGAAGGAAUGAAAAAAUUAUUUUCAUCACCUAUUAAACAACGUUUGUGUUUGGAGAAUAUUAAAAAGAAAAAAAAAACACCAUCUGACGAUGAAUUUAUUUCAUCUGAUGAAUGUUAUUCGCCAAAAAAAGAAAUAACAUUUUCAAAGAAACAUUCACCGAAAAAAGAAUUAAAAGGACCCGAUGUUAAAGUUCAUAUGAAACCAUUGGGAUUUGAUGAGGAACUUAAAAAAUGGAUUAACAGUGUUAAAAAUAAUUCAGUCAUUUCUGAAACACCUACAACUCAACAAAAUUUGGAGAAAAAUUAUGAGAAACUAAAAGAUCUACAAAUUGAGGCAUAUGAAAAAUAUUUUAACGCCUUGACAUUAAUUCCAAUUGAAAUUUUACGACAAUUUCCAAAAUUUAAUGAUGAAAGUUACGAGAGUUUAAAAAUGUUAUCAAAACGAAUAAAAGCAAAAACAUUGCGAAUUGGAAAAAGUUUAAAAGAAGUGAAACAAGCAAAUAAAGAAAAAUUUUCCAAUUCCUCCGAUUUUCCCACAUCAGCUGAAGAUUUUGAAGAUUUCAUUGAAUCCCCAACGUCAAGAGUUUCAACUACCACUAAUUAUAAAAAUAAUCAAAAUAAUACAACAUUUGAAAGUCCAAGUUUCAGUUAUGUUUCACUAACAGAACGAAUAAAAGCAUCAAACAAUGAAAAACGAAAUUUCGAAAAUGAUAAUUAUAAUUUUAUUGAUAAAUUAUCGACAAAUUCAAAUGAUACAAAUGAAUUAAUGUCACCGGAAAUGAAGAAAAGUUCAUUUAAAGUUAAAAGACCAGUGAAAACAAAAAUGGAAUUAACAAGCGAAUUAUGUGAGAAAGAUCCACAAUUUCAAUUAGGAAAUAGUAAUAAUAAUAUUAUUGAAAAUUGUCAGGAGAGAAAAAUUCAAAAUAUAAAUAGUAAUUUUGUUGAGAUGAAAGUUGAAGUAAAAAAUAAUAUUUAUGAAACACCGGAUAAAGGAAUUGCUAAAUUUAAUAGUGCUGUGCCUUCUAGCAGUAAAUCGAAUUCUUGGUUGCAGUUCGAUGAUUAUAAUCCUGAUGAUUUUAGCGCAGGUUCGCAAAUUAUUGAAGAUUCUUUUACGCAAAACCUUCCAGUGGCAGUUAAAAAUGAGCCAAAGGAAAACGAGUCAAAAUCGACAAAAGAAAAUUAUGGUGAUAAUUCAUUCGAAAUUGGUCGAUUUACCGGAAACUAUACAAAUGAUGGAGUAAGCGGAGAAUUUGACUCGAGAAAUUAUCCCCAUUCUGCAGAAUUGUUUAAGAUUUUUAGACAGAAAUUCGGUCUUUUCUCCUUUAGGCCAAAUCAAUUGCAAGCAAUAAAUGCAGCAUUAUUAAAACACGAUUGUUUCGUUUUAAUGCCAACUGGAGGUGGCAAAUCACUUUGCUAUCAACUUCCAUCAUUAUUAACACCCGGUUUGACAAUUGUUAUUUCUCCGCUAAAAAGUCUUAUCCUCGAUCAGGUCCAAAAGCUCACGUCUCUCGAUAUUCCAGCGGCACAUUUAUCGGGUUCAAUAACGGAAACGGAAGCCGAGAGAAUUUAUAGAGAACUCUCGAAACAAGAACCAGUAUUAAAAUUACUUUAUGUAACGCCAGAAAAACUUUCGGCAUCGGUUAAAUUUUGCAAUACACUAACUGCAUUAUAUCAAAGGAAUUUACUUGCAAGAUUUGUCAUUGAUGAGGCGCAUUGCGUGAGUCAAUGGGGUCAUGAUUUUCGUCCUGAUUAUAAAAAAUUGAAAUUUUUACGAGAAAAUUAUCCAAAUGUUAAUACAAUUGCACUCACUGCCACAGCAACGCCAAGAGUUAGGACUGAUAUUUUACAUCAACUUGGCAUGUCACAUCCAAAAUGGUUCAUGUCAAGUUUCAAUCGACCAAAUCUCAGAUACAGUGUGAUAGCAAAAAAGGGGAAAAGUUGCAUAGAAGAAGUUAUUGCAAUGAUAAGAUCGAAAUUUAGAAAUGAAUGUGGAAUUGUUUAUUGUCUCUCGCGUAAUGACUGUGAUAAUUAUGCCGCGGAAUUAAAGAGAAAUAGCAUUAAAGCUUUAAGUUAUCAUGCGGGAUUAACCGACGGACAAAGAAGUGAUGUUCAAGGUCGUUGGGUUGCUGAAGAGAUAAAAGUUGUAUGCGCAACAAUUGCCUUUGGUAUGGGCAUCGAUAAGCCAAAUGUGCGUUUUGUCCUUCACGCAUCACUUCCAAAAUCAAUUGAAGGCUAUUAUCAAGAGGGUGGUCGUGCAGGUCGCGAUGGUGAGCUCGCCGAAUGUGUUUUAUUUUAUAAUUAUUCAGAUAUGCAUAGAUUGAGACGUAUGAUUGAAUUGGAUAAACCAAUACAAGCUGUACUCAAGACAAAUAUGGAUAAUCUCUUUCAAAUGGUUGCAUUUUGUGAGAAUAAAACCGAUUGUCGACGUGCAAUUCAAUUGAAUUAUUUUGGUGAAAUUUUCGAACGUGAAAAAUGUAUUGCCAAUAAAAAUACAGCUUGCGAUAAUUGUCGAUGUAAAGGACAAUUUAAAGUUUUGGAUGUCGCGCAAGACGCACGAGAUAUUAUUAGAGCCGUUCAAGAAAUUACCAACGCAAGAAGAAUUCGAUUGACUUUGCUUUAUUUAACUGAUAUUUUAAAAGGAUGCGAUCUCAAGAAAAUCAGGGAUGCAGGUCUAACGAACCAUCCAAUUUAUGGGAAAGCAAAAUCAUGGAAUAAAGGAGACAUUGAACGACUUUUGCAUAAACUUGUCAUUGAGGGUUAUCUCUGCGAGGAAAUGUAUAUUAACAAUGAAAUUGCUUGUGCUUAUAUUCAAGUUGGACACAAAGCAGCUGAAAUUAUGAGAAACAAAAAUGCAAAGAUAUCUUUCCAUACGCGAGAGACGAAUAGUUCGUCGAAUGCAGUUGCAACUGUUUCGACUGUUAAACAAGAAACAAAUCCGGCAUUAAAGGAAUUACAGGAUAAAUGUUAUGGUGAAUUAAUGUCGAUUAUUAGAGGAAUUGCCGGGGCUUUAGAUGUUUCGGCUUCUUCAAUUAUGAAUAUGAUUGCAAUUCGUGCAAUGGCUAAUCAAUUGCCACUUAAUGAGGAAUCAAUGCUUAAAAUUCCUCACGUUACGAAAGCAAAUUUUGAUAAAUAUGGAAAGGCACUUCUUGAAAUUACACAAAAAUAUGCUGCCGAAAAAGUUGUGCUAAUGACUGAAUUGGAAAAUGAAAGUGAAGAUGAAGAUGAAAGUGAUUUGUGGCAAGUUGACGCAGCUUCCACAUACAGUAGCGGAAGUACUUCGAGUUAUAGUAGAAAACGUAAAGGAAGAGCUGGUAGUCGUGGUGGAGCAAAAAAAUUCAAAAGAGCCUCAAGUUCACAACGUGGCAAAGGAUCAACUGGAACACGGGGUAAAGCGACAAGGGGCAAAACCCCAACAAGAGGUCAAACAUCUCGAGGAGGCUCAACAUCGUCACGUGGAGCUUCGACAAGUCGAGGUCUUGGUCUUGUUGAAUUUGGUCAAAAGAAAAAUUUCACAGAUCCCCGAUUCACGUCUUUCAAUUAGCAUCGAUAAAAUGUUUUUUUUUUUUUUUUUUUGCUUUUUUUAAGUUAAGAACUUUUAGAGUAAUUUUUCAAUAUAAGACAUGUUCAAAAAAAAAAAAAAAAAUCACGUUACAUUAAUUUCGUGUAUUAUAGAGAGCUUGUAAAUAAGCUAGUUAAUUUUUUUUUCUACAAACAAUUAUUAAAGAUUAAGUAUUUAUUAACUACGAAUAUACUCAUUGUUUUUUUCAUCAAUCUGAAAAGAGAGAAUUAUAAAUUUUUUUUUUAAUCAAGAUUUCGUUUGAAAAUCAAAUUUUAUGGAUUUUUUUUUCACUUUUCAGAUUUGUCGUAUU